UCUUCAUUUCACUUGUUAUAUAUCUUGCCUCCAAAUCUCUCGGCUCUCCUACUGGAGAUCCGUCUCCUCUUCUCCCUCUCGCCAUCUCGUUACCUCUUCGAUCAGCAGGAAAAAUCGUGCGAAGAUUGUAGUUUCCAUGAUUGUGGGCUUCUACUCUGUGUUGUUGGUUUCCGUGCCCGUAUAUGGUUAAUCGUUUAUUUUCCUUGCAUCGGGGAAAGGGUCACCGGAAAGCUAACUAUGGUGAAAGAAAGCGAGUACUACGAUAUCUUAGGCGUCAAGACUGAGGCUUCCGCCGCAGAGAUAAAAAAGGCAUAUUACUUUAAAGCAAGGCAAGUCCAUCCGGACAAGAACCCUGGCGAUCCUCAAGCUGCUAAAAACUUUCAGGUACUGGGUGAGGCCUAUCAGGUCCUGAGUGAUCCGGAGAAGCGAGCAGCUUAUGACAAAUAUGGCAAGGAAGGAGUUGUACAGGAUGCAAUGGUCGAUCCUGCAUCUGUAUUUGGUAUGCUCUUUGGCAGCGAACUCUUUGAGGAUUACGUUGGCCAACUUGCGCUCGCUACUUUAGCGUCAAUUGAGGCUGAUUUAGAAUCAUAUGAACCUGAGAUCAGAAAGCAGAUGCUUCAGGAGAAAAUUAAAGCACUUCAGAAGGAGAGACAAGAUAAGCUCGUUACUACAUUGAAAAACAAGCUUGAACCUUUUGUGGAAGGACAAACUGAUGAAUUUGUUAACUGGGCAAACGAGGAGGCAAAUCGUCUUUCUUCAGCCGGUUUUGGCGAGGCUAUGCUGCAUACCAUCGGUUAUAUUUACACAAGAAAAGCUGCUAAGGAACUGGGGAAGGACAAACGUUACAUGAAAGUACCUUUUAUAGCCGAGUGGGUACGCCACAAAGGCCACCAGAUAAAGUCUCAAGUGAUGGCUGCUUCAGGUGCGGUUUCUUUAAUUCAGUUACAAGAUGAGGUGAACAAGCUGAACCAGCACCAGGCAGAGAACAGAGAGGAGCACAUUCAGAAAGCCAUCGAAGCUAAAAUGGAAGCGUUUCUUCAAUCACUUUGGCAGAUCAACGUGCUUGAUAUCGAGUCGACCUUGUCUCGGGUCUGCCAGGGAGUGCUUAAAGAUCCGAGCGUUUCAAAGGACGUUCUUCGAGCACGGGCCAGGGGACUGAAGAAGCUCGGAACCAUCUUUCAGGUGAGCCGCAAGAAAAGGGGUGCAAAGUCAGCAUACUCCAGAGAAAACAGCUUACGCCAUGAAACUGCGGUGAAAGUCAACACCGGAAAUUCGUCGAAGCCUUCCUCUUAAAUCUCGAACCAAUGUGUUGCUCUGUGUGUUCUCCCAUUCCCCGGGAACUACUUCGGUUUGCUUUGCUUGUUUUUCCAUUUUUGUAUGUUUCCGACACGGACCUAUCCUUCCUUGGUAUGCAUAUACACUGUUGUAAUGAUUUCUAACAAUCGUUUACAGAACCGAGUUUCUAUUACUUCUUAAAUAUCUGUUUUUAAAUA